AUGGCAUCACUCAGGACGGCGUCAGCAGCUCGCCUACUGCGGGCUGCAUCUCACACUCGGCCAAUUGCUGCGAGGCGGUUCGAGACCACCCUCUCCGCCACACAAGCGAGGCCCCCCGUCAACGAGCCUACCCUCCCAGAGUCCUCUCACAAUCAGCCUGACUACGAAGCACAGAUCGACAAGGCUACCUCAACAUUCACGCCCGUCCCCAAGCGUGUCCUCAACGGCAGCGAGGAAGGCCCUUCACUACCUGCUGCUGUCCUCUCCGGCGCCCCGAUGGAGCUGCAAGGAAGGACUGUUCGUAUCUACAAGCCGGCGAAGCCUGCCACACAAUCCGGUGACUGGAUCGGCAAGCGAUGGAGGCUAGACUGGGACGUGCUGCCAAAAGGUCAUAGGUGGGAGAACCCUCUGAUGGGGUGGCAGUCAUCGGGCGACUUCGUACAGGGCACACAUAUUCAUUUCAAGACCAAGGAGGACGCUAUUGCUUUCGCGGAGAAGCAGGGCUACGAGUAUUUCGUACAGGAGCCGAAUGAGCGCAAGUUCACACCCAAGGCUUACGCCAACAACUUCCUAUAUUCACCAAAGAAGUUGAAGCAUAUCCGGACGAAGUAG